AAGCUGCUGAAGCUCCCACCGGGUUCCAGAGCCAUGGAGGUAGCGAUGCCUAAGGACCUGCAACAGGAUGCUAUCCUAGCCGAGAAGCGGUACAAGGAGCUGUGCAGGCAGGGACGGAUCUUCGACGCCAGGAGCAGGAUCAUCUCGGGAGACACACAAGCCUGGGAUGUUCAAGUUCAUGAACAGAAGAUAAAAGAAGCAACUGAAAAGGCUAGGCAUGAAACUUUUGCCGCAGAAAUGAGGCACAAUGACAAAGUCACGUGCAUACUCCAGGACCGGGAACGGAGGGACAGGAAACAACUCUGUUGCGCUAUCAAUAACUUCCAGCAGACCUUUCAGAAGCCAGAAACUCGCCGUGAGUUUGAUUUGUCUGACCCACUGGCUCUCAAGAAAGAUCUCCCAGCCCGGGUGUCAGACAGUGACAGGAGGAACACCAUAUCAGGAAUGCAGAAGUUCAUGGGAGAGGACUUAAACUUCCACCAGAGGAAGAGGUUCCAAGAAGAGCAGAACAGAGAAUGGUUCCUGCAACAGCACAGAGAGUGGGAGAGAGCACGGGCUGACCACAAGCUUGCAGAAGACCUCCACACGCAGACAAGACUGAAGUUUGAUGAAACAGCCAGAGGCCUGCAGAAGCUGGAAGUCUUAACCAGAAGGGAGGUCUGUGCAGCCACGAAAGAGUUCAACAAGAGCCAGGUUAUGGAGUUGACAGAAAGGAAGAGGCAAGAGAAGCAAAAAGAGCAAGAAGACAAUAUGGCUGAGAUCACCAACCUGCUGCAUGGCGACCUGCUCUCUGAGAACCCACAUCAGGCAGCCAGCUCCUUCGGGCCUCACCGUGUGGUCCCUGACCGCUGGAAGGGCAUGAGCCAGGAGCAGCUGGAGGAAAUCCGCUUCACUCAGAAGCAACAAAUCCAGGAGAAGCUGAGGCUUCAGGAGGAAGAACACCAGCGCAGCAUGGACUGGGACCGACGCAGGAUCCAGAAGGCUCGUACCAGCCUGCUGCAUGAGCGUCAGCAGCAACGCUUCCAACGGGAACUGCGCAGGGCCCUGGACUGCAGCAACCUCAGCCUGGCCAGGGAGCAGUAUUUACAGAAAAAACAAAUUAAUGAAGCCUCCACAAGUCAACCCACAGAAGAUUUUUUCUCACAGUUUAAUACAAGAAGCCGCUAACAGAAAAGACUCCCCUUUUCUUGUUGAUGGUAGUGUAGUCCCCUAGGAAUCACACUUAUUUCAAAGUGAACCUGCUCCUUGGUGUGAGUUGGACCCCCAAACUUUGAGAUUCCAAUGUAUCCAGGUGGGCACCCAAAAGACUCAGACUCCAGACCAGAAGAUGCAACAAGCAAGAAGAUUUUAUUCCACGUUUGCACAAAUGGGCUCCUAAGCCAGGGGAGGCAGAGAAGCCCUGAGCAGCUAUUACAAGCUCUUUUUAAAGGCAAAAA